CAAUAGACCAUGAUCUUUAUUAAGGGACAAUCGUUUGCAUGUCAUGGCGAUGCUGACAAAUGAGUGGAACAGACCCUGUAAGUUCUCAGCUUAAACCACAAUUCUAUGGAUUCAUUGUAUAGGGUAAUCUUGUUCUUGCGGAAUUACCAUUGGUUUGUAUCGUAUAUCGAAGUUCUGAGGCACAAUCAAUUUUUACUCUAGCUUGGAGUUCGGAUCUCUGCUAUGUUUGUUCUUCUCCUCAUGCAUGUCAUGCUCGUUGAGUAGAAUUUUUUUUUCAUAAUUUUUUUUUCAUUCUUCUAAUGAGCAUAUCCCCGAAUACGUCUGCUAUUCUAUCAUAAUUGAUUCUUCAAACAGGAAUCCGGAUCUUCCCGAACUUUCUUCAUGAGAUUCAUCUUUUUAUGCUUCAACUUGCCAUUUUAGGGAAUAUUUCAAUAUCGUUUUAACAGUUGAAACUUCCACACUUUUUGCUGUUGUUAAACACGCGUUUUGUUGUGCCCAUCACCGCCCAGUGUAAUAACUGUACAGAUGAUUUGAUGAUGGAUAGAUGCAUCAGUAUUUUGCGCUCCCGUUGUUCCCCGAUAUUCCUGAUACUCCUCAUGGAAUCGUGUUUCAAGAUCGGUCUUGUCAAGGCUAUGGGAAUCCUGUUUGCGGACCUCUCCAAGUCAAUCGAGAUGACGUCAGCUGAUCUUGGCAUUGCAUUUGGUCUUUUCUAUACGCUUGGGCUUUUGAUAACUCCAUUUGUGGCUUCUGUCAUCACCCGAACCUCGCAUCCCCGGAUUCUUCUAAUAUUUGGCGCCACUAUGGGGAGUAGUCCUAUCAUCAUUGCAUCUCAAGCGACAAGCAGUUGGCAUUUGUUUCUCGCUUUUGCGAUAUCAGGGGCUGGCUACUGCGUUUUGCGCAUGACCUGCCUGACUGCACUUGAUAGACUUGCUGGGGAGCACUUCAACCUCUUGUUUAGCCUUUCGACUUGCGGAUACUCGGCGGGUAUGAUUCUAUUCCCUUUCCUGGCUGAGGAAUUGUUGAUGACCUACGGCUGGCGAGACGUUUUUCUCAUCUUGGGAGGAUUCAUGUUAAAUGGAAUUCCAUGCGCUCUGGCCAUUCAGAUAACUCAGGAAACAUUCAAGAUAAGAGAUAAAGAGGAGUUGCAAAGACGAGACCAAGUCGAUUAUGAUACUUCUUUGGCCGGAAGUAAUGGUUGCUAUCCUGAUGAAGCAACGGAGAAGGGUUUUGUUGAUGCCGUCACUGACACUGAUCUGUUAUUGACUCCUUCAGCAGGCCAUGAUACUGUGGACGUCGGUGUGGACCAGACCUUGCCAAAUGAUGAAGCAUCUCCUACAAGAUACUUGGAUUAUAUAGCCAGUUUCCCAGGAAAGGUUACAUCCUGGUUUCGACACAUGGGAUUUUACGACGACCCAUUUUCCCUCUUCAUUUUUCUUUCAAUUGCUAUGUUGUUUUUCGUGUAUAAUGGAUGGCAUGAUUUUCUAGUACCACACGCUCUCCAAAGAGGAAUCUCUGAACGAAAUACGAUCAUCUUAACCUUCGUCGCCGCUGUUGGGAACUUCUCUGUACGGCUCAUCAUCGCUUCCCUAACUCACAACUCUGUUGACCCAAUCAGCAUUUUCCUCGUUUUAUCCAUCAUGGACAUGGUGUCGUUGGCGUGUGAUGUAUGCUUACCUUAUUAUUAUGUCAUGUUGGUGACGUCACCUUGUUCAGCUGCCGCCAUUGCUGGAAGAGCUAUUAUGGGAAUCAUCAUCAUAAGGAAUCGCGUCUCCUCUGAAAAACUUCCUAUGGCUUUAGGUGUGAACAACGUCGUAGAAGCUUUUGGAUUUUUCCUUGGUGGAUACCUAUCAGGGUUGGUGGCAGACAAAUUUUCAACGUACAAUGCAUCAUUCAUACUACUCGCCUCUAUUGAUGCAUUGGCCUUCAUUUUCAUGAUGUUUCCUAAAGUGCUAAAGAAACCUGAAGUCAGUUCAGACGUGAAGAAUUGAGGAAAGGAUUGACCAGAGGAGAGAUUCGUUUGAAAUUUGAUUUACUUUAUAAUAAUUAUACAGGUUUUUAGUAAUGUAAUACAAACAUACUUAGUAUAGCAAGAGGAGAAGAAGCAGUAGUGUAAAGGUAGUUGUUGAAAUUGUUAGUGUUUUUGUUGUUUUUGUAAUACUAAUAGAAGUAGUAGUAGUAACGGUGGGAUAGUAUAGUUGAAGAAGAAAAUGUAGUACCAGGAAUGGUAGGAUAGCAGCAACAGCAGCAGUAUAAGUAAUAGUAGUAGUAGUAGUAGUAGUAGUAGUAGUAGUAGUAGUAGUAGUAGUAUAUAGAAGAAGAAGACGAAGUAGUAGUAGUAGUAGUACUAAUAGUAGUAAUUGAAAUUAGGGCGUAAACUAAUUUUCCGUUCGUUUUUUGACAAAAAUUUCCUGAUGAACCCAAUAUUGCGGAGUUGAUACCUUUGUUAGUGAUUUCAUUUGACAUUGACAUUCCACAAUCUAGUCCCAGGUAACAAUACAGCGUUGGACCAACGUUGGAUCAACGUUGGGAAAUUUUUUCCCAACGUUGCCUCAACGUUGGCAGGCCAACGUUGCAUCAUCGAUAGAAGUGCACGCGCAUACAUCGUCAGACCAACAACAUUUCCAACGUUAGUUCAACGUUGUCCAGCAACAAUGUUUCAACGUUGUCUGGCAACGUUGAUCCAAUGUUGGCUAAAUAGUCAAAUACAACAUUGCUACAACGUUGGUAAGCAACGUUGCAUCAUCGAUAGAAGUGCACGUCCAUACAUCGUCAGACCAACAACAUUUCCAACGUCAGUUCAACGUUGUCCACCAUCAAUGCUCCAACGUUGGUAUAAUGUCGGCUGAGUCAUCAAUAACAGCGUUGCUGUAACGUUGAUGGGCAACGUUGAAGCAGCGAUGGACGUGCACUUGCAUACAUCGUCAGUCCAACUAUGUUUACAACGUUGGUUCAACGCUGUCCAGCAACAAUGCUCCAACGUUGUCUGGCAACAUUGCUCCAACAUUGUUACAACGUUGUCACAACGUUGCUCCAACAUUGCUCCAACGUUAUUCCAACGUAUGGCAGUAAUUAACAAAACAUUAAUUGGUUUCAAGGUGAAGUCCACCAUUACAACUCUACACUCAAAUCUUUAUCAUCAUAUGUCUUAUCCUAUCCUAAAAUCCUACAUCCUAAUCCUAUAUCCUAUUCCUAUCAUCCUACACCUAUCCACUGUAUCCUGUCAUUGACUCCUAUAUAUAGAGCAACUUUGCUAUACUUGGCAGAAUACAGUUAAUAUCAUUUUCCACACUUAACCUUGAAUAUUUCACUUAGAAUAAUAUGUUUUGAUGAUAUAUGAUAUGGUAAUGGAGCCACAUACUUUUCUGAAACUUUUCAUGGUGGAAAUAUUGAAUAAACAUAAAUACUCUAAUUAUUAUAGCAAUAUUACCUAAAAUUUUGGUCAUUUACUGAUGUAAUGAAUAUUCAUGAGUGCAUAAUCAUUGUCCAGAUGAGGCAGGUAUGGCAGCGUUGGUCCAAUGUUGGUCCAACGUUGGGUGACGUUGAUCCAACGUUGGUAUAAUGUUGGUCCAAUGUUGAUGGAAAGUUGAUUCAACUUUAGUCCAAUGUUAGUCCAACGUUGGCGUAAACGUUGAUUCAAUGUUUGUCUAAUAUCGGUUAAAUGUUGUUGUAACGUUGAUUCUUUGUUGGUCUAAUUCUAAACAAAUCCAACGAUGCGCCAUCUCCAUCAAACAGUUUUCAACACUGUGCCAUCAUCAUCUGUAAUCUGUUCAUGAUUCUAUCAAAAAACAUUACAACUAUUAUUACAGCUAUUCAUUUCUUUUCAUUCUUUCUGUUACAAUUAAGUCUCUUCACAUAAUUAAGAGAAAUCAAGAUAAUUACGUGUGAUAUUUAUUGAGGCCUUUGUAGCAUUCAAACUUUUUUGACAUCCUCUUUUUCUCAAACAAGACUAAUACCAAAAAAACAUAUGCAUAUGUAAUAAAAAAUAAGAUGUAUUACAUUUUCUUGCGAGUUGC